AUGACACGAAAUUUUAGUAUCUUUUCUGCACCAAAAACAACAGUUUUAAAGUCAAACGAGCUCAUACAACAACCAGAGCCACCUAAGGAAGAAAAACCAUUGCCUGAAAAGGAGGAAGUGCAGAAAAUGCUUGAUGAAUUAAACCAAAAGAAGGAAGAGUUAGAUAAACAGACAUAUGAAUUACAUGAAUUAAGAAAGAAAUACGAACAAGAUAAUGCCGAGCUUAUAGAAUUACGAAAUCGAACAAAUAAAGAUAUUGAAGCAAUUUCGAAACGUGAAGAAGCGCUAAAAUAUCAACAAGAACGUUUAGAAACAGAAAAGAAAAUGAUUGAAUUCCAAGAUAGAUCAUUACGUGAAAAAGAAGAAAGAUAUCAAAAAUAUUUCAAUAAAUACAUUCAAGAAAAGAGCGGUAUGGUUCUUCAAGAAACAUUAUUAAGAGAACAACUUGAACUGACUCAAACACAGCUUGCAGAGACAUUAAAUUCCAUGAAAAAAGAUACAGAUCAAGAUGAUCAAACAAAAGCUAUGCGAGCAGAUCUCGAAAACGAGAGAAGCAAACUUAUGGAGCAGCUUGCAAUGUUUCAACGCCAAAAAGAAGCAUUUGAUGAAGAAAAGGCUGUUUUUGAAAUGUCAAAACAUUAUUAUGGAGAAACUCCAACGAGAGAUGCAAAUACUGAAGCUGUUUUCAUAGAACAUGAGCGCGCAGUGUUAACAGUUCAACAAAAAAGAUUCCAAGAAGAGAAAGAAUUAUUUGAUGAAGCGAGAUCUAAAUUUGAGAAAAAUUUUUCAGAAUACUUAGCAAACAAAGAAGAACAAAUCAUGAGACAGCAACAAUUAAAAGAAGAACAAGGAGAUGUUGAGCUGCUUAGAAAAGCUCUUAUUCAGUCGGAGCAUGAAAUUAAACAACAAAAAAUCGAAUUGGCGAAAAUCAAAGAAUCUUUCAAACAAGAAAGAGAUCAAAUAGAUGAAGCAUGGAUGAAAUUAAGGAGACAAGUUGAUAAACUCAAAGAUACAAGGCAGCAGAUGGACUUAGAAAGGCAAAACUUUGAUAAAGAGAAACAUGAGUUCGAAUUAGAAAAAGAAAAAUUUGCAAUUUUGGAUCAACAUUACACUCAAGUAGAAAACAGUGUUGAUUUAUUGUCUAAGAAACUUGUUUUAAAAGAAGCAAGAUUGUUUAAUGAUAUAGAAGAAGAGAAGAACUUGCAAGGUUUAUAUCAAGUCCAUGAUAUGUUUAGGUACAAAGAACAAGAACUUAAAAAACAACUCGAAGAUGCACAAAAUGAAUUAAGAACUGUAAAAAUAAACUCUCAAAGAGAAAUUUUAGGAUACAAAAAGAAAUUUUCAGAAAUUAGUCUCAAAAAUGAGAAAUUAGAGCAUGAUCUCUCAGAAGCACAUCAUGAACUUUUGAAGGCACAAACUGAACUCCAAGAAUCACAAACUGCAAGUGUUCUGUUGGGAGAAAAAUUAACAAAUGCCGUGAAAACUUAUAAUAAAGAAAAAGAAAUGAGAUUGAAGCUCGAAAAUAUUAUUCAAAGGCAAAUGAUUAAUGAUAGAAUCAGAGAACAAAAUAAACCACAAGAGGAUUCAAAAAUAAGGAAACAAACUGAAAUGGAGAUACGCCAAAAGCUGGAAGAAGAAUACCAUUUUAAGUUCGAAGCUGCUUUGGUUCAAGCGAGAAAAGAAAUUACAGAAGCAAAGAAUAAGAGAUUACAGCAACAAAUUGAUGAAGUGAAGGCCGAAUAUGAUGUUAGAUUUGAAACUAUGAAACAAAAACUAAAAGAAAAAAUGAAUAAAACUAAAUAA